AUGGGUAGUUUCAUCUUCAAAUCCCUCUCCAAGAAACCCCUGUCUCUCUUCAUCAAUUCAACUCUUCUCUUCCUAAUCUGUUUUUAUGUUGUUUCAAAUUCUCUUAACCAACCCAAGAAUACAAUUUCCGGCUACAUCCACUUGCAGAAUCUCCAUAGAAGUGCUGAAAUUCGUAAUUGCAGUGGCGUUCACAAAUUCACUGAUUAUGAAUCCAAGUGCCGAUUUGUGAAGUCAACUUCUGCUUGCUGGGGAAAUGGGUAUGUGAAUUAUCUGGAAAUCUUUUACUGUAACUGUGGAAAAUUUCCAGGAAUUGGGUAUUUAGUGCUUCUUUUGUGGCUUUUUGUGUUGUUUUAUGUUCUGGGAAAUACAACUUCUGAGUACUUUUGCCCUUCUGUGGAGAGCUUGGCUAGAGUGCUGAAACUAUCCCCAACAAUUGCUGGAACCACGCUUCUUCCACUUGGAAAUGGAGCUAAUGACGUUUUUGCAAGUAUAAUUUCCUUUACACGAUCUGGUGAUGGUGAUGUUGGCCUCAACAGUGUAUUGGGAGGGGCCAUCUUUAUAUCAUGUUUCGUCGUUGGGGUUAUUAGUAUAACGGUAUCUUCCCGCCGGAUCAUGGUCGACGAACGGAGCUUCAUUCGGGAUGUUCUUUUCAUCCUUCUGGCACUUUGCUGUCUCAUCAUCAUCAUGAUCUUUGGAAAAAUUAGCUUAUGGUUUGCAAUCUGCUUUCUUUCUGUUUACUUUCUGUAUAUUGCGACUGUUUCUGUAAUGCAUAUGUAUUACUCUAAGAAAGAAAUGGUUGUCAAUCCCCCAGUUCUCGACGAACUUGGUGCAAUUGGAACACCAUUACUUGGCUAUGUCGACGAAGAAAGUUCAGAUAAAGUAGUACAGCUCGAAAUAAGGCCUUCUAUGUCGAAUACUCGUGAGCAGAAGUGUUAUUAUUUGAAUCUACUUCUCUAUGUUUUGGAAUUGCCUAUUUACUUACCAAGAAGACUUACAAUCCCAGCUGUUAGUGAAGAAAAGUGGUCUAAGCCAUUUGCUGUAUGUUCUGCUUUACUUUCACCAAUUUUUCUAGCAGCCCUUUGGAAUUUACAGGUAGGAAAAACUAGUUUGGCCAUUUACGUGACUGCAACUUUGGUUGGAAUCAUUCUUGGGAUUUCUGCAAUUUUUAGUACAAGAAACUCCAGCCCACCAAGAAAAUGCCUUUUGCUAUGGCUCGUAGGAGGGUUCUUAAUGAGCAUAGCUUGGACGUACAUAACUGCAGAAGAAUUGGUUUCUUUACUGGUUGCAUUUGGUAAUAUUCUUGGAAUUAGCCCUUCAUUUUUAGGGCUCACGGUACUAGCGUGGGGUAAUUCAGUAGGGGACUUGAUAUCCAAUUUGACUAUGGCAAUUAAAGGUGGUCCAGAUGGAGCCCAGAUUGCAGUAUCCGGGUGCUAUGCUGGUCCACUUUUCAAUACAUUGGUGGGUUUGGGAUUGUCACUCUUACUUGCUUCAUGGUCAGAAUAUCCAUCAAGUUACGUGAUUCCAAGGGAUUCUGAUUUGUAUGAAACCAUAGGGUUCUUUAUUGGAGGAUUAUUGUGGGCUCUUGUGGUUUUGCCAAAGAGGAACAUGCAGCUGGAUAAAUGUUUAGGUAUUGGCCUCUUGGCCAUAUACUUGUGCUUUCUAUUCACGAGGCUUGUAAAGGGUUUAGGAUUGCUCAAAAUUAACUAGAAACCUUGAAGAAAUGGCCAUUUAGUAUGGCCAUUCUUGUUAGUUAUGAAUCAGGGAAAGUUAUUUAAUUGAUGAGAUUUUGAUCCAAUUAAACUGGUAAACCAUUAUGUAAAUGAUUGUGUACAUGUAACGCAACCCAUCAAUUAAUAAACUAUUAUGUACAUGUAACACAAUCGUAUUAUAUGAUA